AACUGUUGCGCUGGAACUCCAGUCAGUCAGCAGCUCUCUGCUCUCGCGGCACGGACUGAUCUACAGAAAGAGAGGGAAAGUUUAGUUUAGACAGAACAGUCUUUUAGAUCAGACAACAGUAUGGAAUCAGUAGGGUUUCGUUCGGUUUAAUUAUAGAUUUGGAAAAGGAGCGAAGAGAAGGACUUUACGCACGCACCUCUCUGGAGAGCCGCAGUGUCUCUCUUAGCGCGAUGAUGCAGGUUUCGGACUUCAGGAAUUUUGCGCUUUGGAUUUCAUUCCUGACCAGUUUCACGAUGGCCAGUUACUCAGAAGACCAGUGCAGCUGGAGGGGAAGUGGUCUCUCUCAGGCGGUGAAGAACGUGGAGCAGGUUUGGUUGAGGUGCGGGGAGGGCUCGGUGGAGUGGUUGUACCCUGCAGGAGCACUGCGUCUCACUCUUUCGCCCCGACUGCCGUGGAGCGCCUUGGGUCCCGGCGAGUCCAGCAGGAGCCCGGUGUCGGCCUGCAUCAAGCCGGAUCAGCACUGGGGCGGGGCUCAGCUCUACGUGGAGCGGGAUGGAGUCCUGGAGCUUCUGGUGGGAGACGAGACCUCAGGCCCGGCCCGUGUGCGCUGCUUCAGUGCCAUGCCUGGAGAACGACCGGCUCUCUUCCUGCAAGCGACGCCUCACCAGGACAUAAGCAGACGCAUCGCUGCAUUUCGCUACGAGCUGAGAGGCGAUUGGACGGCGCAGCCAUCAGUCAACACAGAUCCAAUCGGCAGCGAAGGAGCCUGCAGGCCGUGUAAUAACACCGAGAUCCUGAUGGCUGUGUGCACUAGUGACUUUGUGGUUCGAGGAAACAUCCGUUCAGUGGAUAAGGACUCAAAUCUGAAAGCGGCAGUGAUCAAAGUGAGCGCGACGAGGGUUUACCGGCAGAAGUUUGCGCUGUUCCCUGAAUCCGGGCGUCUGACGCGGUCAGGCGAGAUCCGGACGCCUCUGCAGUGCGGUGUUCGACCCGGCGCUGGCAGCUUCCUGUUUACCGGCCGCGUGCACUUUGGAGAGGCGUGGCUCGGCUGCGCUCCACGCUAUAAAGACUUCCUGAAGGUGUACGAGCAAGCCAAACAAUCCCUGAUGAUCCCCUGCACUCUGGUCAACGACUGACGGGAAAACAGGAUCACGUGCGGGCGAAACUCGUGAUUCUGUCACAGAAGAUGAUCUGAGAACCUCCUGAGCAAAUGAUAGAAACACAGAAAGAAGUUAAGGAGAACAGAGACACUGGAGGAGGAAAUCUCAGCAAAGAUCACUGGAUCAAGAUGGAUAUCUGACGAAGGACAUUUGUGUGUCCAUGUCUGUCUACUUCCACCCAGAUUUGGGGUCCUAAACCGGGCCUCUUUUUUAAACUCAGGAAAUCUUGUCUUUGGACGCUUUGAUAUGAACAUCAUAUCACUGAAAUAUCCAAAGUCCAAAGUUGGUAAAUAAGCUGUACGCAAUGCAUGUAGCACAGUCGUCUUUUGCGGUAUUUGAUGCCACAGAAAAACAUUGAUUUGUCAAUUUGACUUUAUAUGAAAAGAAAAAUGUUUAAACACUCUGUUUCUGUAUUGAGAGUAUAUAUAUUUUCUUUUUUCUUUUAUAUAUAAAAAAAAUUCAACUCUAUUUUCUAAAUUUGCACUGGUGAACGGAAGGAAAAGAUGGCGAUACCCGGAUGCUGCAAGCACUGAGAACCAAAACGGAUCUAUAUGUAGCGUAGUAAAAGAUGUUUUAUAUAAAUAUAUAUUUCUAUAAUAUGAAAUCAUCUAUGGUUUAUAUGCUCAUAGGCUGAGGAUAGCAUGCAGCUAACAUCAAGUAAUGAAAACAAUAGUAUAUGAAUUAUUUGGUGUCUAUAGAUAGCAUGUGCUGAUUACCUCAUGGUUAACUAGUUAACACGGUUAACACUAGUUUGCUUUGAUGUUGCUAAGCUGAUAUAAACUUACCGUCACAUUCAGAGCACUUUUACUCUGAUGAAAAAUGGUUUUAUUUUUUAACGUUGCGUUCACACUGACAACGAUUUGCAUCCGAACGACAUUCAUUUUCUAUUCAUUUGCCAUCUAAGACUUCUGCAUUUAGACAAAGUUGAGCAGUUCAGCUUUAUGCAAAUGAGCAGCGGUGCAACGACCAAUGGGAGUGCAGAGUGUAAAGUCAUGUGAUGCUGAAUAUUUAAUUGCUUUAAUGUGACGGUUAAACUGUUGUCAGUGUGAACGCACAUGAACAGGGUAUCCUCGCAAAUCUGGAUUUGAUUUGUCGUUUAGAUGUAUGUACUUCGAUAUAAUCUAUAAAGAGAAUUUAUGGUCUGAAAUAUCAUCUCUUGCUCUCAGACUCUCUGUAAAGCCUGUCAGCACACUCAUACUGUGGACUUGUGUACCAAAGCAUCGACUGCUGGUCUCAGGCAAACACUGUCCUCCAUCUAAUUCUGGUUAUCUGCUACUGUUUCGUCUUUAUUUUGUGCUUCAUAUCCAUUUUUGUCAGCGUUGUAUGUGCACUAAACAAAUGAACGGAUCAACCAAACGUAGAGAGCAAGCCGAGAUGCGAAGCUGUCGUAUUUUAUGCUGCCAGUGUUUGUUAUUAAUGUCUUUACAAACCAAUGUGUCUGCUGGGUGUAAAAUAUAUGGAUAUGUGUGGAUAGCAAUGUAUAUAAGAUGUUUUAGAGUUUUAAAACUGGAUGAUGAAAUAUUCUGUUAACACUGUAGAGUCUGUAUGAAAGAUUGGUUAAAAAAUAUACAAUAAUUGUUUAUAAAGAACAAAAAUCAUCGAA